AUGUCCGCUUUCUGCCUCGAUCUGCAGACGUCCGCUGUGGUUUCAGCACCACUGGAGCUGGACAGCGACUGCAUGGAGCCCCGGGCCAGCCCCGCCGCUCAGGAGCCCGGCGGCUUCCAGGGUCACCCGCUGCGGCACGCCGGCUCCGGAGGCCUAGGCAUGGCCUUGGAGGAGGAACUGGCCAUGCUUACCGGGGAGCGGGGAGAUGAGGAGGAGCUGGCCGACCUAGAAACGCCUGCGGUGGGGCAUAACACCGACUUGCUGUCGCUUUUCCGCCAAAAGGAAAAAGACUUGGUUUUAGCUGCUAAACUCGGCAAAGCGUUGCUGGAAAGAAACCAAGACUUGACCAAGCAAUAUGAGAAAAUGCACAAAGAUCUCAACGAGAAAUUAGAGCACUUGGAGCAAGAGAAGCAUGAGUUGCGACGGCGUAUGGAAAGUCGAGAAGGGGAGUGGGAGAGCCGCGUUUCUGAGCUGGAGACGGACGUCCAGCAGCUGCAGGGUGAGCUGGAGCGCCACCAGGUCCAGCUGAGAGAGGCUGACAGGGACAAGACCAAGGCCAUCAGCGAGCUCUCUGAACAGAACCACAGACUUCUAGAGCAACUCAGUAGGGCUGCAGAGGUGGAGAGGCAGCUGUCCACUCAGGUCCAUUCAUUACGGGACGACUUCAGGGAGAAGAGUAUGUCUACAAGCCAGCACAUGACACGACUAGAGACUCUACAGGCGGAGAUUAAGAUGCUGUCAGAGAGGAAGAUGGAGCUGGAGCGGCGGGUGCAUGCCAUGCUCCAGGAGAACGAGCUGCUGCAGAAUACAGUGGACGACCUCCGAGAGAGGACGCUGGUGCUGGAGAAGCAGUGUCACGAGAAGGACCUUCAGUUGCGACAGAGCCAGCUGGAGCUCCAGGAGGUCCAGAUGUCCCACAGGCAGCUGACCUCUCGGUUGGAGGAUCUGACAGAGGAGCACAGCCUUCACAGCCUCACCCCCCACCCAUCCAGCCUGCUGUGUGAGAUCGAGCAGAGCAUGGAGCAAGAGGAGCAGGAGCAGGAGAGGGAGCAGCUGCGUCUUCAGCUAUGGGAGGCUUACUGUGAAGUUCGUUCGCUCUGCUCUCAUCUCCGGGGAAAUGACGUCACAGAUUCAGCCCUGUCCACCGACUCUUCCAUGGACGAGUCCUCGGAGACGUCCUCAGCCAAGGAUGUGCCUACUGGGAGCCUCCACACCAGCCUGCUGGAGCUACGGAGGCUAACACAGAAUCUGCUGGAUGGCAACGAGUCGACGGGCUCGCGGCGCAGCGAUGAGGAGGCUCUGGAGGAACAGGUGAGGAAGCUGGGAGACGAGCUGAGGGAAGUGCGAGAGCUGUACGAAGCUGAGCAGGAUAAAACGCGCAACAAUGAAGAGGAGCUGCUUCAGCUGCACAACCAGAUGGCGCUGCUCUCUGUAGAGUUGUGUUCGCUUCGGGAGGACAACGAGCGAAUGAGGACUAUGGGUGAAGUCCGAGAACCCAGCGAGCAGCUCCAGAGUGCAAUCAGAGACAGAGACGACGCCAUAGCCAAGAAGAAAGCGGUGGAAAUGGAGCUGGCCAAAUGUAAAAUAGACAUCAUGUCUCUGAACAGCCAGCUGCUGGACGCCAUCCAACAGAAGCUCAACCUGUCGCAGCAGCUGGAGGCUUGGCAGGAUGAUAUGCACAGAGUGAUUGACCAGCAGUUGAUGGACAAGCACCAGGACGAGUGGCGCUCGGCCCCGACCUCCCUGUCAGGGUCGUCGAGGGCCCACGGGGGUCAGUCCUCCAGACGAGCUCACCGCAUCUCUGACCGGGACAAGAGACUUUUCUCUUUUUUCAAAAAGAACUGAGCCCCGUUGGACUGGCCCCGAGCACAGCAGACAGACAGACAGACAGACAGACGAGCGGGAGAAGGAGGGAGCAACAUCACAGUACAGGGGUAACAACACAGCCAAAGACAGGCAGUGGCAUACACUGAGGUUUGGGGGGGAUCAUUUUGCACUUUAUCUGUCCCAUUACUCUUCUCCUUACUGAUUAACUGGUGACUGCUGACAAUGAGUAUAAGAGCAGGACUUCCCCAGAGGCUUUGGCUUCGGCCCCUCUCAUUGAAACCUAUUGGUCUUACAGAACAUGAACAGGGUCUCAGAAGUUUACCUCCAAAGAGGAAGGUUUCCUUGUAGUGCCUACAACCAUCUCUACAAUCCCACUGCCAACUGUGUAGAGAAGGAACACUAUGUACAAACUCUCACUGUAUGCAUCCCAGUUAUCAGGCCAAGGAGUCUGGGGAAAGACAGACGGAUAUAUGGGACAUUGUAGGACCAUGAAAAAAGAUGAGGAUAGUAGGGCAGAGCUGUAAGUCAGAGUAUGAGGGAUGAAGCUAUCCUCUGGGUAGAGAGCAAAGAUGCUGCAGUCAACCCAUGUGAUCUCUCAGGUUUAUUCAUUUGUUCAGGCGAACAUGAGGCAACAGUUUGAUGUAUCAGGACCAGAGCAUAUAUCUGACAACAGAAAGCUUAUUUACAUAUUGACAUUGUCAGGAAGUUUUUAAUUUUACAGCCUGAGGUGCGAACAGCCAAUUAUAGCAAGAAAAAAGACUUGGUACUAAGGGGUAUUCCCAUAGUUUAGCUUUAGCUCACUUUCAUUAAGUUUAGGGACUCACAGUGGACCUAUUAAAGCUGCACUUACAAUAUAUGGAUCAAAUAACUAUGUUUAAUGUGAAAAGAAACAGAGACUUAUCACCUCACUACCAACCCCUUAGCAGCGUUGUAACCUUUUAAGCUGGUUGUUUUAGUUGCAAAUAUUUCAGUGAAUUUCGGCCUUAAAAUUUGUUUUGUGUCCAGAAAAAUGACUAAAUUUCUGCUCAUGUUCUCGAACAACUUGAAAAAUUGAGAAUAUGUCUCUUGAUGUAUUUGCAGUGACUUCCCAAGUGAACAGAAACAGAUCAGUACAGCUUUGAAAAAUGAAAUGUUUAAAAUUCAAAGCAGCAGAGAUACCCUAAAGCUAAAAUCAACAUCCAAAAACCUUUCAUUUCUCAUAAUAUAACCAAUGCUGUUUUCAUUACACCUCUUCUAGCUGGUACAUGCUCACAUCUGUCUUAUUCCACAAUCCCAGUCAGUAAUAAAUGUGUAGAUUCCAAGCCUAAGUUCAGGGUUAAAUCAUGCUGUAUUAAAUUGAACUAAAACAUAAUUAAACUUGAGCAGGUCUAGAGAAUCUGUGAAUGAAUGUAUAAAACCAGCACUUUUCAGUUGGCCAUGUAUUGUGGCGAACUCGACGAGGCCUUCAUGUUCAUGUCUGACGUCUGAAUAAACCUUUGGGUGGCUGAAGUUACUGAUACUGUCUGUCCAGGUGUUAUUAUUUUUCUACACUCAAUGUUAUAUUUAACAUUUAUUUACAAAUCCUAUCUUUUUUGUAAGAAAAAGGCACUGUCCAACAUUGUCCCCACGAUGUCAAUCAUCUUCCUAGUUGACCAAAUGUUUAAAACGUUUACAUCAGCUUGAGAAGGAGGCAGAACUAUGAAGUAUGCUCAUCAACUCAAGAGUAACCUGUUGAAUUUUCAUGUUGUUAAGACGCAUGUGAGUGUACAAAACUCCACUGAACUUCCUCUGCAGUGGUCAGUGUCUGCUGCUUCGUUUCGCAUUCACCACUAAUAGAAAAAGGUCUACCUCCAUUCUCAUUGCUUCAAUACUUCAUGGGCACUUUGAUUUCUUAGCUGGCGGGCUUCCAUUUCAGGCAACACAUCUGUGACUCCGUUGGUAAAACAGUAUGUGUUGGCCUGAAAUCUCCGAGCAUGAAUGACUUUCAGUGUGGCACAGUGAUGUCUCAUGUCUGUCUGUGUUUGAACUCACGUCUAAUGCAGCUGUGCAAACCUAUGCAGAUGUCUUCGUGUCAUCUCAGCUGGUUGUUGGGAAGGAUCAACCCAAAGAAUGAUUUUUAUAAUAAAGUCGAAUAGGUUUGGAUGAAAUUGAUAUAUUUAUAAGAAAAAAAUGCAUACCUUUUGAAUGAAAAUCUUUUUGUAGGAAGAAAUAUACCUGUACAAUGUAGGCUCCUCUUCAUGUGUGUCCCAACAGUGAGAAGAAAUUCCACUGGUGAGUUGAACAUUGUCACUUGUAUGUAUGUUUUUUUUUUUCACAGUCCUGGUUCGGCAUGCAGUAGAGCUGGUGACAGAUUCCACAAUUCAAAUGAUUCACUGAUACGAUACACAAAUUAUUAAAAACACCCCAAGAAGCAUGAAUAGGAGUUAUUAAUCCAAGAGUACCUCAUAAUUCACCACCCACUGCUGUCACUGUCUGAUAAGUUACUCUAUUACAGUCUAUCUGCUGAGCUAAUAAAGAAACACAUCGACAUAU